AUGCCUGAGUCAGAGCGAAAUGGAAUUUAUGGUAUUAAUCGGACAGUUACUGAACCAACUGCUCCAACUCCUUCUUCAUUGAAUGACGAACCGCCAGCGUAUGAUGAUUUGUUCGAUUAUAAGAAGCAAGACACCGAGCAAGAGUCGAUCGAGUCAACUUCUAUUGAAGAAUCUUCAGUGGAAGAUCAAGAAACAAAUUUUGGUGUCAUUCAAGAUGGCCAAGAUGGAUCGGGACAGGAUUGUACGGGCUGUGAUGCAAGCACGGGAUAUACUGAUGAUGGUACUGGCGUAUGUAUUUGUGAUGCAUCUAUUGGAUUUGCUAGUGUUGCAGGCGGUGGAGCCUGUGAAUGCGACCCGCUACAAGGAUAUGUUUCCGACAACGCAGGAGGCUGUGAAUGUGAUCCAUCAGGAAACUUUGACGGAACAAAGAGCCCGCCAGAUAAGUGCGAAUGCGAUGCGUCCUCGGGUUUUGUCGACGGAAAUCCUAGUGGCGCUCCGAACUGCGUAGAAACGAAAGACUGCAGCGAUCCUGGUGUUGACACUUCCGAUAACCCAUGCAUUAAUUGCCUUACAGAUGAUGGUUUUAUUGACAAUGCCGGAAUUUGUGAAUGCAACGUCGAUCUCGGAUUUACCCUUGAUCUCAAUACCAAUCCACCAUCCUGUGUUUGUGAUCCAAAUGGUAAUUUUGACCCCUCUGUUGCCUUUGAUGGUUCAACCCGGUGCACUUGCAAUGAAGGUGAUGGAUAUUCUGACGCAGCUUCCGACCCUGCUGCACCAGAUUGUCAGAUCGACUGUACUCUUGAUGUUUUUGAUGGCGCAAUCGAUGACGGAAGCAAUAGUGGUGUUUGCAUAUGUGAUGUAAAUAAAGGAUAUACUGGGUCUGAUCCAAAGGCAUGCUCCUGCAAUUCAAUUUUGCACAUGGUUGAUGCGGAUUCAUCCGUUAUUUCGGAUAGAUGUGCUUGCGAUGUGGCGAAUAAUUUUGAAGAUAUCGAGACAGAUCCAAACCCGCCUGACUGCCGCUGCAAAACUUUCUCUGACACUGCUGCCGCGGAUUCAAAUUUGUUUCUUAUUAAUUAUGCUGGAGACGGAUGCUUUCACUGCUAUUCUGACAAAGAUGCAGAUGGCAAUCCUGAUCUCAUUGGGGAUACUGUCGCUUCUUAUGGAACUUCCUGUACUUGUGCCGAUGGAUAUCAUCUCAGUGAUAAUAAUGAGUGCUUUCGAUGCACGGCUGACUUGACAACAGAUUCAGGAUGGCGAGGAAUCACGAGAAUCACAAGGGACACUAGUUGUGGCCUGGAUGAUACCGGCGCCGGAACCACAUGCGCGGUUGAUACAAAUGCAGAUCAGCCAAACUCAGGUCCAUGCCUUCCAGAUAAUGUGCUAAAUGCUGCUUGUGAGAAUGGAUACUGCAAGUGUGAUACGGACUACUAUGCAAAUGAAGCAAGAGAUUUUUGUGUUCAUUGCCCGGCUCCAGGAAGAUGGGAUCCAAAUAACUUUCAUUGUGGUGAUAAAGAGUACUGGUAUGGCGAUGACGUUCGAGGUUGGUGCAAUCGAUGCGAGGUUCAGCGAGAACAUGCUCAGGCAAAUCUUACCUCGUUUCAUUUUAUUGAUGACACUCAGCAGCCAAAAUGUACCUGUCUUUGCAACACCGCGAAUAAGUACUGGUACAAUGUUGAACGACACAACUGUUUCCUCGCUUCCGAUUUUUUCUGCCCAAAAUGCGCUGAUUCGACAACACUCGGGCAGCUACCGAAUGAUCCGGAAGGUGUGUCGUUUGAUUGCUGGAAUAUGAACACUGUUUCUACGUCUCAAUGGAAUAUCGACAGCGACAAGUAUUUUUGCAACCCAAGUGAGGGUGGUGUCUGCAGGACACGAACAUAUGCGUAUGAAUUGAAAGAUAGAAAUUCGGAAGUUGUGGGAAUCAUCAGAGAUUGCGGCGAUGAUUCAGUCACGAUUGAUGAUGUUUUCAGCGGCUUCAUCACGCAAACAUAUCAUAUCUUUAAAAAUGAUGACGCACUUGAGACGAGAAAAACGGAAGGGCAGACAAUUCCCAUUCGUGAAAUUUUCACACCACCAAUGGAAUCAACAUCUUUAGCGCGAUCUGAGGCGGUUCCAGUAACUUACAAUUCCUCUCUUGAUAUGUACCCGAAUGAAAUCGUCCAUCCAGUCAUCAACAUCAUUAAAUGCUACGAAUGCUCUGCAAUGACUGAAGACAACAAGGAUAAAUGCAUCAAGCCCAACUCCAACACGCCUUAUGCUUACUGUGAGAAGAACUCCUGUCAAGCUGUGAUCAGAUCUUACAAACUCGAUGGGAAGAAAUUUUACUUUGCAAAACGAGGAUGUACUGACAGGCCGGAAGAUGGAAUAUCCCCUAAUGCUGUUUCAACCAACCCUGCUGACUUUGAUGAAAAAGAUUCGUUUCCUGAGCAAAUGGUGACAAACGUUGACACAAUCGUCCAAAGAUCCAUUUCUGACCUCGGGAACAACUUCCAAUCUUACAAAAUGGAUGCUGCGAUUCCAUUCGAGUGCAUAUUCUGCGAUGGGGAAGCUUCUGUUACGCUCACAACGAACACAAAAUUUCAAUUUGGUGUCCAUCUGGACAAUACAAACCUCGGACUUUGCUGGAACAUCGAAACUGGCCAGACCUACAAUGGUGUCUCCUGUGAUUCUCAAUGCUUCACAAAAGCAACGAUGUUUUCUCAUGGAAAUAAGACUCACGUGACAUACACAAUGUCAGCUGAACGUGGUUGUCGAGAAUCCUCAUCAACCUAUUUGGCAGAACAAAAAGAGCUCAGCAAGUUUCACAACGUCAAAUCAAAUGUUUAUGCCUGUGAUUUUUCUGACGGUCAAAAGUGCAAUGAUGAAAAUUUGGACGACAAGCUUCUCGAUUUUGAAGAAAUGAGCCUCCUCAAGUGCAAAAUCUGCGAUACUAAGCUAUUCAACACUGACAAGGAUCAUCCUUGUAUCCAGAACGCAUCUUCUCUACCAGACACAACUUGUCCAGAUGCAACUUACAGGUCUUGCGGAGUCAACACCACCGCUGCUUAUUCUGGAGCAGAUGCUAGAUAUGAAACUAACCGAUUUUGUUCGAGAGACUUGCCGAAAAAUAGAAUGACAAAAAUUCCUCAUCCUGACUACACCGGAGCCACACUUACUAGCUAUCACUGCAACACAAAUGGUUGCAAUACUUUUGCGGGUGAAAUCAUUCCAGAUGGAACUCCAGCGCUGACAACAACGACGACCACAACAACGUCUACUUCAUCCGAACAAAAAAUAAGCAUAGAUCUGCUGAUUUUAGGCUUGAUUUAUUUAUUCGCGCACAAUUCCUUAACUCGACCGAAUCCAGUCGAUUUCAUUUCUGCCGAAAGAAUUUUGCCCGAGAGCUAUCAAAUCAUGAAGCCUCCGCCGAACUUUUUCAAGCUGGAUGAAAAGGAUUUCAACAUUCCUCCAGCGAUUCUAGCGCAUCCACAAAAACCUUGUGAGAUUAAUGAGCUGCCGAUUUUCAUCAAGAGCGCGAUCAACAACAAAAGACUUCGAUCCUUCAAUCGCCAGAUCCGCGACGAGUACCAGAAGCUGCUUCCAGAUCAGAAACUCAAGAUUUACUUCGUUUUCGGCAAAAAAGACUCUGGCAUGGAAGUUCUCUAUCAGGAGUUGGAGGAGUUUGACGACUUGAUCAUUGCUGAUUUUGAUGAUAUUUACAAUAAUCUCCCGCUAAAGACUUUCGCUGCUCAUAAUUUCCUGAAUUCCGAAUAUUUCGACGCUUGCAAUAUCCAAUGGACAAUUUUUCACGAUGACGAUUCUGUUGUUGACUACGAAAACUUGAUCAAAAACACCUUCAAAAGAGAAUCGUCCGACACUGCUAAAUUCCGCUGCCUUUUUUGCGACAUCAAACCUGGUCAGCCAGUCCGCUCGGGAAAAUAUGGAGUCAAUGCUUUCAACUUCCCGAUGGGCUACAUUUUUCCUCCUUUUUGCAACGGCCCUGCUGCUUCUUUCACGAAAAAAGCCUCGGCGGAUAUUUUUGAAAUCGCGAAAACUCACAGAAAUGGCCAAAAAACACUCAAAAUCAUAUUUUUAAUCUAUUUUUGA